UUCCGGUCCGCCAUGCUGCAGGGAGGCUCUGUGGUUCCUUGUGCAGCGCUGUGACCCGCUGCCGGGAGCUGUGAAGAGAGCGGGGCGAGCUCGGAAUCCGCCAUGGAAGGGUCUUACUGAUUCAUCCUCGCUUGCCUGAAACUUAUGAUGUAAAGCAGGUUCAUCUCUUCCUCCCCAGUGCUAAUAUUAAAAGUGCAUGUCACUGUGCCCAGCCUCAGUGUUUACUAUUAAAAUGUCACUACCUGGAGGAUGGAGCUUGGAUGCAGUGACCUAUGAGGAUGUGCAUGUGAACUUCACUCAGGAAGAGUGGGCUUUGCUGGAUUCUUCCCAGAAGAGUCUCUACAAAGAUGUGAUGCUGGAAACCUAUGAGAACCUCAUCUCUAUAGGCUACAAAUGGGAAGACCAGAAUAUUGAAGAACAUUGUCAAAGUUCUAGAAGACAUGGAAGGUAUAUCGCCUGUCAUUCUAGAUAUAAGCCAUGUGAGCAUAAGGGAUAUGGAAAGAAGCAAUGUACCUCUCUCUCUCCCAGAAAAAUUGGAAGAUAUGUAGUAUUUCCCACUAUGAGAAGACAUGGUGAUCGUGAUUUAAAUGUACAAUUAAUUGGAUUUCCAAUUAGUUCAUUGGGAAUAUAUCAACAUACUUACACUGGGGGAAAACCUUAUGAUGACAAGAAAUAUGGAAAUUCUUCAACCUGCCCUGGUUCAGAUUGCACAUGUAAUGUGACUCACACUUCAGGAAAAUGUUUUGAAUGUGAUCAGUGUCGUAAAGCUCUGAGUUUUUCUAGUUCUCUUCAAAGAGGAGAAAUAACUCACAUAGAAAAAGGAUGCUGUAAAUGUGAGCCAUGUACUAAAGACUUGAACCAUCACAGGUAUAUACAAACAUGUAGAAGAUCUGAUAAUGAAGAAGAACCCUAUGAAUGUAAACAAUGGGAUAAAACAUUUAGAUCUGAUUCCUCUUUACAUUUACAUGAAAGAAUUCCUUUGAAAAUAAAACACUAUGAAUAUAAUCAAGGUGAUAAAGCCUUUGCAUAUCAUAGUUGUCUUCAAUAUGGAUGUCAUCAGUGUGGAAAGGCCUUUCAAUGUCACAAUUAUCUUCAAACACAUGAAACAACUCAUACUGGAGAGAAACCCUGUGAAUGUAAUCAAUUUGGCAAAGCCAUUGCAAGUACUGGUGAUUUUUACAGGCAUGAAAGAAUUCAUACGGGCAGGAAACUGUAUCAGUGUAAUCAAUGUGGUAAAGCCUUUGCACAGAAGAGUAAUCUUCUCAGGCAUGAAAGAAGUCAUACUGGAGAGAAACCCUAUGUUUGUUAUCAGUGUGGUAAAGCCUUUGCAGAUAACAGCAGUCUUCACAAGCAUGAAAGAAAUCAUACUGGAGAGAAACCCUAUGAAUGUAAUCAAUGUGGUAAAGCCUUUGCAAAUUCCAGUAAUCUUAAACAACAUGUAAGAAAUCAUACUGGAGAGAAGCCCUAUGAAUGUAAUCAAUGUGGUAAAGCCUUUGCAUAUCCUAGUAGUAUUCAAAGGCAUGAAAGAAGUCAUACUGGAGAGAAACCCUAUGAAUGUAAUCAAUGUGGUAAAGCCUUUGCACAAAAGAUUAAUCUUCACAAGCAUGAAAGAAGUCAUACUGGAGAGAAACCCUAUGUUUGUAAUCAAUGUGAUAAAGCCUUUGCAGAUAGCAGUACUCUUCAAAAGCAUGUACGAAGUCAUACUGGAGAGAAACCAUAUUUAUGUAAUCUAUGUGGUAAAGCCUUUGCACAGAAGUGUCAUCUUCUCAGUCAUGAAAAAAUUCAUACUGGAGAGAAACCCUAUGAAUGUAAUCAAUGUGGUAAAGCCUUUGCAGAGAAAAGUCAUCUUCACAGGCAUGAAAGAAGUCACACUGGGGAGAAUUCCUAUGAAUGUAGUCAAUGUGGUAAAGCUUUUGCAUAUAACAGUCAUCUUCACAGACAUGAAAGAAUACAUACUAGAGAAAAAUCCCAUGAACAUAAGAGGUAAAACUUUGUACAUCAGGCAGAGACAAAAUCAUUUUGGAGAUGCCAGUACCAUGGGGUAUCCACCAAGACCGUCAGCAGUGGUAAAGUGGAACCAGUAAGAGCCUAGAAGAAAAGUUGUGGGAACUGCCAAGGGUGGAGCCAGAGAAGCCCUGAAGAUUGGGAGUGGAUCCCAGUCAUUAGUAGUGGAGUUAUUUAUACUGUUAGAGUUUGGUUUUUUUUCCUUCUUUCGGAAUGUGACUGACCUAAUUCAUCCCUUUUGAAGAGAGAAGGUAUUUAACUUAAUUUUGAUAUUUUUACAAAAGCCAUAGUUGAAAGACUUUGAACUUUUAAAAGAGAUUUUGGAUUUAUUGUGAGAUUGAAUAUUUUUAAGGAAAAAUUUUUAAUGUGUUUGAAUUUGUAAAGAUUAUAGGACUUUUAUUAAAGUUAUUUAUGUUUUUAAUGUGAGAUCUUGGGAAUGAAUAAGAAAGGAAGGGUUGUGGCUUAGUAGUGAUGUUUGUGUGUCAAGUUUGACAAAUGGUCAGUUGUACUGGCUAGUUUUAUGUCAAUUUCACACUAGAGUUGUCUGAAAGGAGGAAAACUCAAGAAAAUGCUUCCAUAAGAUCCAGGUAUAAGGCAUUUUUUUAAAAAAAAUAAUGAUUGAUUGGUAAAGGUCCUGGGAUCUAUAAGAAAGCAGGUUGAGCAAGGCAUGGGAAGCAAGCCACUAAGAAGCACCCCUCCAUGGCCUCUGCAUCAGCUCCUGCCUCCCAAGUUCCUGCCCUGCUUGAGUUCUUGUCCUGACUUCCUUCAGUGAUGAACAGCAAUGCUUAAAUGUAAACCAAAUAAACCCUUUUCUGCCCAUCUUGCUUUUUGGUCAUGGUGUUUCAUUACCAAAGUUCUAACUAAGACAUCCUGUCUCCAAAAAUUAAUAAAAAGGGGUUUUGGACAGAUGGCUCAGCAAUUAAGCACACUGGCUAUUCUUCCAGAGGACAGUUUCAAUUCCCAGCACCCACAUGAAAAUUCACAACUGUCUGUAAGUCCUGUUCCAUGUUACCCAACACUUUCACACAGUCUUACAUACAAACAAAACACCAAUGCAUGUAAAAUAAACUAUUAAAAAAAAGACUUUAUCAAAUUAUGAAACUUAAUAUAGUUUGGACUCUAUUCAAGUAAAUCUUUUGUUUUCUUCAUUCUGUGUUUAUAAUUACAUUAAGAAGCAAUUUUCUGAGUCCAUUCACAGAAGGAUAGAAAUCAUUCAAUUCUUCAAUGACCAAAUAGUAGAGAAUUUCAUCACCAUUAAGUGAUAGAAGACAGAAACAUUAGUGUUGUAGCUUCACCUUCUACAUUAUAAUGACAUAUUGGCGAGUUGGGGAUUUGACUCAAUAAUAAAGCUGCUGUUGGGUACCCAAAUUUGGUUCCUAGCACCCACAUCAGAUGGCUCAGAACUACUUUUAAAGCUUUGUCCUGGAGAUCUGAUGCACUCUGCUGACUUACUUGGGCACCAGGUAUCAAAUGGUGCAGAUAUAUAUGUAUUUGUGUGUAUGUGCAUGUGCAAGUGUGCAUGACUCCAUAUUUUUAAAAGCUUUCUUCAUGUAUAUGUUAUGUUUUUUCCUAAAAUUAAAAUAAAUUUAGAUAUAUAUUGUCAGAACAUGGUCCUGAAUGAAAACAUUCUACAUGAUUAUGUUAACACUCCCAGAAGUCAAGUCCAGAAGUCUUGUGACCUUGCUUUCUUCAAAACAUGAAAUUGGAAUGUUUUUGUGCUCUUCCCAGGUGUAGCAGAUAGGUGUGAGUUGACUUCAGAUUACUCAUUAUUGCUUGCUGUUCUUAUUCGAUUAAAUGUUUCAACUAACCUUUAUAUGACUGUAUGGAAAAGCGUGUUUUUGUCAUACAUCACUUGUUUUUUUAUUAUUGUAUACAGCUUGAACUCAUGAGAACUUUACUCAUGACCUUUCUUAACCUGUCAAGUAUAAAUUGUAUGGGACACUGAAUAAAGUUGGCUAUCAUGCCAUA